AUGCUCACCGGUAUCUACGAGUACAUUUUCGGCUCGGAAGACUCGAACGAUUCGACGUCGUCGUCCACGUCUUCCUCCACUUCGAGCUCACAGGUUUGAGAAAAUGAAAAUUGACGGAAAGAAUGAGAAAUUUCGUUGAAAAUGAAAUGAAACUUGUAUAUUCUGAAAAAAAUUUUGAAAAAAAGUUUCAAAAAAAUUUCUUGAAAUUCAACGAUUUUUUUCGGAACUCACAGCGUUGAGAAAAUGAAAAAUUUAGUCAAAAAAAUAGGGAUUUUUGCAAGAAACUAUACGAAAUGUUGAGAAAAAUGAAAAUUGACGACAAGAAUGAAAAAUAUCGUUGGAAAUUUGCACAUUUUGAAAAAUUUAUAAAAAAAUUCUUGGAAUUAGACCAUUUUUUCGGAGUCAGCAGCGUUGAGAAAAACGAAAAUUUUAUCAAAAAAAUAGGGAUUUUUUUGCAGGAAACUAUACGAAAUGUUGAAAUUUCAAUCAUUUUCCCAUUUUUUUGAGCCUUGGAUGCCCAGAGAUAUGAAAAAAAUCCAUCAUUUUAUUUAAAAAUUUUUGAACUUUUUAAUAAUCUUAACAGUCCCCUAAGUACACUUUUUCAGUUAGAAAAAUUUUUUCGCAUUUUUUCCGCACUUAAAAAAAUUGGUACAUUCUUAUGUUCAUAUUAAAGUGUGAAAAGUUGGAAAAAAGAAAUUUUUCAAUAUUAUCACUUCAGGGAUCCCUUGAAGAAUCGUGCGUGCCGUCGACGACGACCGCCCGUCAGAACACGAAUAGCAUCGAGGACGAUUGGUACUACGUUCAUGACGGUAAUUUAAUGUUAUCAAUGGAGCGAAUUUGAUGAGCAAUUUUUCGACAAAAAAAUCUUUUUUAGACCAGUUUUUUGUCCCUUUAAAGGGCUAUUUUCGCCGUGACCCCUAUAGGGGCCACUCUGGAGUUCCUAAGAACGCCAAAGUGGUCACUAGAGGGAUAACCUCAGAGGCUUUCUCCUAUAGGGGGCACUUGUAGUUGAUCAGAAGUGGCCACUCCAGGGGAGCAUGCUAGUGUUCCCUAUAGGGGCCUGUCUAACCCCUUUAGUGGCCCCUAUAUGGCUUUGUAACUUUCAAAUCGGGACUAUAAACUGAAGAACCACUAUAGGGACCACUUGAACUUUAGGGACUCAAAAUUUACAUCCUAAACUCCUAUAGGGGCCACUUAAUUUUUAGGGAUUUUUGUCCACUACAGUGGCUUUCUCAUAGAGAAAUAUUUUUUCCAUUUCUUGCCGAACCCCUUAAGUGACCACUCUGCUGUUCCUGAGUAUCCAAAUUUUGUAAACCAGGGGAGCAUGAUGUCUAGACGUCUUUUUAACUCUCAAAUCAGGACUAUAAACUGGAGAAUCACUAUAGGGACCCCUUGAACUUUGUGAACUCAAAAUUUACAUCCUAAACUCCUAUAGGGGCCACUUAAUUUUUAGGGAUUUUUGUCCACUGCAGUGGCUUUCUCAUAAAGCAAUAUUUUGUCCAUUACAGUGGCUUUUUUCUUGCCUAACCCCUUAAGUGACCACUCUGGUGUUCCUGAGUAGAUUUUUUCGGAACCUUGAGAAAAAUUGGCAGUUUUUUGACAGGAAAAGUUUCGUAUUUUCCAAUUUUCAAGCAGAAAUUAGUCAUUUCCAUCAUUCCAAUCUUGCAGACUUGUCCUCGGGCCGAAGCUCGCCGGUGAUGGUGCCGUUCCCGGACGUCCGGGACAUCGACGAGCUCUCGAUGACGUCGAACAAGCCGACGGCGCCGCCGACCCUCGACGCCAUCCGGAAAGCCGAGCAACUACGGCUCGCCAAGGUCAAAAACGCCCAGAAGCUGCAGUUGCAACGAGCGGUUCGUGAUUAGCAUUUUUAGCCCUGGAGCGCGGUUGCUUAGCAAAAAAUGGCUUUGAAAAUAAAAGUGCGACUCGUUCAUUUUUCAUUUUUGUGAAGGAAUAGAGGAGAUUCGCAGUGGAGCGCGUAUGGCUCAGACGCAAAAAAAGCUUUCUUUUAGUUAUAUUUUUGAGUGAGAAUACGUCAAGUGAAAACUUAAGAAAUCGAAAAACAAAAAAAAAAGGCUGAGGCCGCUAAAGAGAUCACUAGAAACGUCCGGAACGAGGUCCAAGUACUCAGGAAUUCCAGAGUGGUCCUCAUAGGGGUUAGGAGAGAAAUCACUCUAGUGACCGAAAAAGUGGUUCCUAUAGGGGUUUAGAGCCUGACCCUUUAGUCAAGCGGUCACUUGGAGGAUUUUCCGACAGAAGGAUCUUAGGAAUUUCAGAGUGGUCCCUCUAGGGUUUAGGGGAACAAACAGCCCCAUAAUGGGCUAGAAAAGUGGUCCCCAUAGGGGUAAAAUCUAAGUGGUCUCUAUAGGGAUUUCGGGUCUGACCCCUUAGCCCCUAAAGCUUAAGUGGUCCCUAUAGGGGUCCUUCAAUUUAAUUUUAUAAAAAGCUUGCUUUUUUUAAAUGUUUCGUGUGGAAAUGCUUCUUCGCAUAGAGUUUAUAACAAGCAUGUCCCCUAUAGGGACCACUUUUCCAAGCUUUAGUGGCCCCUAUAGGAGUUGCUAAAGUGGUCCCUAGAGGCCAUUUAGUGAACGAUGCGAUAAACUUUCUUCUAAACUACCCAUUGUCCUUCCUAAUCCCCCACCCAAACAAUAAACAUUAAGGGUUGAAAAACGAGCCGAGUGUUUUGAGAUGACAGGGGCUCAUUAGGAGGGGCCGACGGGCGGCCCAAUUAUUCUCCGAUUCACCUGUCAUCGACACGAAAAACCACCAUUAAUCUCGGUCCGAAACAUCGCGCUGUCUUGGUGUGAAAAAUUAGGAUUUUUUUGACUAAGAAAUUGUGGAAUUUAAUCGGCGGGGGGAGGGGGGCGGUUAAACUUAAGCUGUAGAAUUUUAUCGGGGAUCGGGGGGAGGGGUUUAACUUUAAGUUGUGGAGUAACUAGGGGGGGCGAGGGGGCUAAAUUUCAGCUGUGAGGUAUAACGAGAAGGGGGGGCAGUUAAACUUAAGCUGUAGAAUUUUAUCGGGGAUCGGGGGAGGGGUUUAACUUUAAGUUGUGGAGUAACUAGGGGGGGCGAGGGGGCUAAAUUUCAGCUGUGAGGUAUAACGAGAAGGGGGGGCGGUUAAACUUAAGCUGUAGAAUUUUAUCGGGGGUUAACUUUAAGCUGUGAAGUUUAACUGGGGGGAGGGACUUUAAGUUGUGGAGUAACUAGGGGGAUUGACUUCAAGCUGUGGAGUUUUACUUGGGGGGCAGGGGUCACGAAAAAACUUGUCACUGAAGUUUCACAACUGAUAAGGUGACAAGAUCCAUUUUGGUUUCAAAUUUGCUCCUUCUGACCGCAUUUGGAAUGGCUGAUAGAGGCGGGGCUUAAGUUUUGAGCUUCAAACUUCAAAAUUUGUUAUGAAAAUGUGUCUUUGUCGCAAAAUUUUUUUUCAAUUUUCAAUAUUUCACAAGGAAUUUUGAAGUAAUAAAUUUUUUAAAUCUUAAAUUUGGCUUUUUUGAGUUUUCCGUAAGUUCGGAACGAUUUUCAUCGAAUUAGAAUCCUCAAAAAGAUCGUUUUGAAAGUAGAAUUUUAAAAAAAGGCAUUUUCUGUUGUUUUUUGUUAUUUUAAAGCGUUCCAGGUUCAAGGGAAGCUUUUCUGAAGUUGAAAAAAUUAUGAUUUUUUUUCAAAUUGACUAUUUUCAAACAGAAGGCUAACCGCUGCUCCUUUAAAUCUCACCAAAAAAAAAACAUUAUCCAAGAUUUUUGCAGUUGUUCGACGACGACGCGUCGUUCAUCCCAAGCCCCAGCAGCCGCUGGACGCAGCCCGACGUGAAACUCUCGAAACGGCUGACUACGGUAGCGGGUCUCGACGCGAAAGCCAAGACGCGGUCGAAAAAAGCCGCCGGAAAACUGAGCUCCGGCCGGAACAACGACCGCAAAGUCAACAAUAUCGAGUGA